AUGUCGCUUGUUCUAGGCCGUGCGUCAUUUAUGCAGUCUCUUGACAUUGACGCCCAGCGACCCAAGGUUUCACUAGACCCAGCCCUCCGCGCCUGGGACGAGUCAUUCAUCAUGGGCAUUCGGCUCGCGGAGCUACAAGGUCGCAUCUUUAACCUCUACUCGCCCAUCAUAAUGACUAGAGAUACAUCUGCCCGAGAACCACUCGUGCAGGACCUCGCACUAGCAAUGGAAAAGUGGUAUCUGGAACUCAAGCAGAUCAAUCCAGAGGGAGUAAAUAGCGCCAGGAUAUAUUCCCUAUCUCGAGGAAACUGGGAGAUUCUGUUUUACUCUACACAGACCCUACUCUUCCACGCGUCCUCAGGACUGGGAGGCGGAAUCAGCGCGCAGUGCUUCGCGGCAGCGCAGAGUAGUCUGCGCGCGCAUCUUGAUGUCUUUCCACGGUAUCAGGAGGCACAGCUUCUCUCUGCCGCGGACUAUUGUAAUUGGAUCCUCCUCUCCUCCUCCUUUGUCCCCUUCAUCAUAACCUUCCUACACGCGAUCACCGCAAAGGACAAUAACAGCAUAACCCUGCUGGAACAAGUUCUCGACACGCUACAGACCUUCCGCACGACCUCACGCGGCUCCGAGAAUCUCUACCAGAUCUGCUCAACAUUCACCCAAGUCGCGAAGAAACUCGACUCCUCGCAGCAGCAGCAGCAGGACUCACUACAUGCUUCGGACACCGCGCAGAAUCCCUCUCUGUUCGACCCGGAGUUCUUCCAGGAUGCGCUGGGUGCAGACCUCUCCACGCAUGGGGAUGGGGACAUUAGCAUGCUGGACCCGGUGUAUACGGCGGAUAUUCUGAAUGAUUGGCUUAGUGGGCCGCCGUUUCCGUGGGAGAGGCUUGAUAUCGAGCCAGGGAAUUAA